AUGCCCACGACGACCAAGUGGGCGACUGUCUGUAGCGACAUGGCUCGAGAGGGCUCCCAACUGCUCAUGGAAGACAUGGAGGUGGUCAUCAUUGUCAAGAGUCAGCUGGUUCCAUGCGUCGUGUGCAGCAGCAACGCGUGCCCAUGGAAGGGGAAGGUUCUCACGUGUCAAGGACUUAACCGGGUGACGAUCAUGGAGACUGGUGCUCAUGAGACGCUGGUAAAGGAGCCCCAAAAGGUCAAGUUGACUCCACGGCUGAAGGAUUACGGUCGCGAAAUGGCGACGCAAGGCCUCAAGCCCUCUCGAAUUCGCAAUGGAAUGGCUCGACGAUUUGGACUUACUGAGUCGGAGUUGCCGACGCUGCGUCAGGUGCAAUGGUUCGUCAGCAGCUAUUCGAAGAAGAACCUCCACCGCAAUGACGACUAUGACCAAAUCCUGAGCCAAAUCGAUCAGCUGGCGUAUGUUGGGCUGACAACUAAACGUCUUUUACUGAAUGCGGCUCGCGACCCGGAGGCGUUCGUUUUCCACAUGGAUGCCACCUUCAAGUUGAACCAAGUCGGGUAUCCUGUCAUCGUGUGUGGGAUCUCUGACAAGUGUCGCUCAUUCCACCUCAUGGCACUUUUCAUUACGUCGCAACGCUUGGAGGACAUUUACGCGACGGUGCUGACUGAACUGCGCCGGAUUUUUGCUUCAGUGUCGGGUGGGCGUCAACUGGUGGUCAAGUUCGUCAUGGCCGACGCUGAAGCUGCUCAACAGAACAAAGUGGUUCGCGUCUUCGGUGAUGGCGGACGUUUACGACCUGCAUUUGCGGCUAGCCAAGAUGUCUAUGACGAACAAGUGAAACCGAUUCUAACGAGUUGGUCGGACGAAGAGCAGAUGGUAUGGUUCCGAGGCUAUUUCGAACGCACGUGGGUGACGAGCGCGUUUUGGCUUUGGCAAUGCUUUCAUACACCAAGUAGAUACGCCACCACAAACAAUCCGGUGGAACAGUUUAACCGUUUGAUCAAGUGUGACUACACACUGCGGACCAAACAUAAGAUCGGGACGCUGAUCCAGUUGCUGGCGGAUUGUUGCGGACAUCAGUCAGUGACUCCAAGAAUUUUCAAGGAAUCCCCUGAGGCUACCCAGCAGUUAAAUGCAAGGGUUAAGGAUUUUCGCCGCCGCGAUCUUCUUGUGGGCAUGACUCCGAGCCGAUCCAGUAUCGACUUCCUACUUGUUUCCCCCAACCCAGACGUGGUUAGGGUGCUGUCACGUGGCUGCGAGCGUGUUUACCUCCCGGAGCUCGGGCGCAGUCGUGAGGUGGGUCCAGUAUCGGCGCAGAUGGAAGUUAAUUACGCGCGAAUGGAAGUGGCUGGGCAGCCGGAGGGUGGCUGGAACGUGGAUUUGAGUACGAAUUCAUGUGGAUGCAAGUACUACUUCAAGUUUGCUGUCUGCAUUCAUGUGAUUUUUGCUCUGCAGAUUAAGAGCUACACAGGCUUGGACGGCAAACGGACUCUAGUUAAUCGAUCUGUGUCCAGGAAACGUCGCCGCUCUAGUACUACAGUACCAGUGUCCGAGUUCCUGCUGGUCGCCCAUUGGCAAACCGACAUGCAUUAA